AAAUAUGGUCCUACUAAUAAAUUGUACUUUAUUAUAAAAUUAUCUUUUAAUUGUAUUUGAACAGAGAAGAAGCGGCGGCAGCCGCUCGUGCUUGUAAAUCGCGAAGGAAAAUUAUGAAAUUCUCGUGAGCACAAAAUCGCGAGGCCGAAGAGUGGCGGUCCAGGCGUCUCAAGCAACAGUUUCUAGUCAGUUACCAAUCUGUUACCGCGAUUACAUCGCACCUGCGCCAUGUCGUCCGAAUUUGUGAUAGGAGGGUUGGCCUCGGUGGGGGCCACCUUUUUUACAAAUCCGAUCGAGGUGGUCAAGACUCGUAUCCAGCUGCAGGGCGAGCUGGCGGCAAGAGGCACUUAUGUGGAGCCCUACAAGGGACUCUUCAACGGGCUGGUGACCGUUGGCAAAAAUGAAGGAUGGACGGCCCUUCAAAAGGGUUUGGCACCCGCCUUGUGCUUCCAGUUCAUCAUAAAUUCCUUCCGACUUAGCAUUUAUUCGGAGGCCAAGGAACGGCGGUGGAUACACACCAAGACUGGCGAGGUGUCCUACAGCUUGGGCCUUUUAUGGGGUGCCAUUGGAGGCGUUGUUGGAAGCUAUUUCUCCAGCCCAUUUUUUCUGAUCAAAACUCAGCUGCAGGCACAGGCUGCCAAGCAAAUCGCUGUGGGCCACCAGCACUCUCACUCGUCCAUGAGCGAUGCUUUGCGGCAGAUCUAUGCCAAGAAUGGAAUCAGUGGCCUGUGGCGAGGAUCGAUGGCAGCACUGCCACGAGCUGCCCUCGGAUCAGGGGCUCAAAUAGCCACGUUCGGAAAGGUCAAGGCGUUUCUUGUCCAAAAGGACUGGGUUGUCCAACCCACCUGUAACUCCUUCUGCGCUGGUCUAAUAGCUGGUUCGGUCAUGGCAGUGGCCAUGACGCCUCCAGAUGUGAUAGCCACGAGGCUGUACAACCAGGGAGUGGACGCGCAAGGUCGGGGACUGCUCUACCGUGGUUGGCUGGACUGCGCACUUAAAAUCUUCCGAACAGAGGGCAUGUACGGAAUGUACAAGGGAUUCUGGCCAAACUAUCUGCGUAUUGCUCCCCACUCGACCUUGGUGCUGCUCUUCUUCGACGAGUUACUCGUGCUUCGCGACAAGGUUGCACUUCUCUGAGUCCAAAAUUGGAUCUCUGGUCCAAAUAUCCUAAUAUUUAAGUACAAAAUUGUUUGACGUUCCCCUUUGUUAGCAUAGCAAUUAGUAGGCAAAAUUCCUAGAUCCAAUUUCCUAUUUUUAUUAUUAAUCAUAAUUGUGCCUUCGGAAGCUAAUAUACGCGGCAGUCCUGUAGCCAGUAAUUGUGCAAUAUUUUUUUAAAUAAACCAGUUAAAUUGUUACGUUUUUACACGAUUAA